UUAACACACCAAAUGUCCGUAUAAUCAUUAGGUUUUACGUUGGUAGUUUCAGUUGAAGGAACUACACCAGAGGAGAGCAGCACAAUCAAUAGAGAUUACUAAUACGAGGACUGUGAUAUAGAUAAAUGGUUGUCUCCUGAUAACCGUCUGUGUGCUGGAUCCCUCCCGUUUUGUUCACACUACAGUGUAUGUUGUUAGGAAUGAUAAAGAAUCUACCCAACUAACGGCGCAGAUAUGAAUACAGUGAAAUUUACUUGCGUUUGCAUAGUUGUCACAAUGCAGACAAUAUGGGGCCAUUACAUAUCAAAUUAUGUAGAGCAGUCGUCACUUUGGAUCAAAGAGGAGAGGUCAAACUUGGCAGAGGAUACCAAUCCAGAUCUGUCCAGUCACUGUGCCUCGGAUGUGAGAUGUCGAUGUGAGGACUCACCGAGUAUCGGGCUGGUAGCAGAUUGCUCUAACCUGAACAUGUCCGUGAUUCCCGAAUUCCAUUCCAAUGUUACCACGAUCUUGCUGCAGAGAAACAGUAUAAAACACGUGAGGAUAGAAGAUGGUCAGGUACCACGUUCUAUUUUGUAUCUUGAUAUUUCUGAAAACAGACUAGAAAGUUUCAUUGACGAUCCAUUCAGAGCCAUGUAUUCUUUACUUCAUCUGGAUUUGAGUCAUAAUUCAUUAAAGUACAAUCCUUCUGUAUUUCCACAUAAUGUGUUUAGUGGAUUGAAACGUUUACAUUAUCUCAACUUAAAGAGUAACAACAAGUUUGAUAGAUCACAAUCCACUAAUCUAUCCUACCCAGUCAGUAUAGGAAAUAUCGUAACGUUGAAAACAUGUCUUCUGGACGGCGUGGAUCAAGCGGGAUUCACAGGUGAUUUCAAGAGUCUUGUGCACCUAGAAUCCUUAGAUUUAGGUGGUGACGAGGGUAAUUGUACGUUACCUAUCUUGCGAUCCGGUUAUUUUGAAAAUGUAACCUCUGUUCGAAAUCUCAGCUUGUCUAAUUGUCAAAUUCGGUUUAUUGAAAACGGGACAUUUCGUGUACUAACCAAGCUUUAUCUACUAAAUGUGUCUAACAAUGACCGGCUUACUUUCAACGUGAUGUCCAACUUGACUGGUGAUCUGCAAGCUGUCCCCAUCCAUAUUUUAGAUUUGAGCAGGAUUCAUUGUGACUAUGGACCAGGGACCGCCUUAUAUAUGGAAGAUGUCUCUUCCCUGAGAAAUCACACGAACCUGACUGACUUGUACAUAGAUAGUAACAGAUUAUCUCUUACCCAAUAUGGCGUCAUUUCAGCAUUACCAAAGAGUUUACGGUUCGUCUCGGCAAAAGCAAAUAGACUUACGUUUGGGAAAUAUGUUUUUGAACUUAGCAGCGCUAUUAAUUUAGAGGUUUUUGACGGAAGUAACCAAUAUCCAUCGCAUGACCCUAACACCGGUUUAAGAGAUUGUAACGACUGGCGGGCACCCCCAUCUAAUCCCACUGACUGGCGGGCACCCCCAUCUAAUCCCAAUGACUGGCGGGCACCACCAUCUAAUCCCACUGGCUGGCGGGCACCACCAUCUAAUCCCAAUGACUGGCGGGCACCACCAUCUAAUCCCAAUGACUGGCGGGCACCACCAUCUAAUCCCAAUGACUGGCGGGCACCACCAUCUAAUCCCAAUGACUGGUGGGCACCACCAUCUAAUCCCAAUGACUGGCGGGCACCUCCAUCUAAUCCCAAUGACUGGUGGGCACCACCAUCCAAACCCGACUGGCGAGCACGACCCUACACAAUAGAAUCACCAAUUAUGAAUAUAUAUCUUCCCCCUAACCUUAAAAACUUAAUAUUCCAUAAAAGUGUGCUGGAUUAUCAAAUAGGUAUUGUUCCUCUUGCACCAAAUAAUUUGACCCGUGUUGACCUCCAUAGUAAUUUACUACACGCCUGGAAAGGUACAAUUUUAAAUAUUAACAAAGUAGAAUACAUCGAUGGCUCCAAUAACUAUUGUACAUAUAUAUCAGACCAAUUCUUUGACCAUUGUCCAAACUUGAAAGAACUGAUUUUACAUGACAAUCUUCUUGGGAAUGCUUUAAAUAACGAUACAGAUGGAAAGAUUUUCCGACGUCUUCUACAUUUAAAAGUAUUGGAUUUAUCUUGGAAUCGCAUACAAGCAGUUCCAAGAUCUUUGCUUAAGAAUCAAAACGAACUCCAAAUAUUGAACAUUAGUAAUAAUGAACUGGUCACAUUUGAUUUAAGAUUUGAACACAUGACAAAUUUGCAAUACUUAAAUCUCUCUUAUAACCGGUUGUCUAUUCUAAGCCAAGACAAUCGCAAACAAAUCGACGCUUUGAAGAGUCGAAAUGUGACAGUAAAUUUAUAUGGAAAUAAACUUCAGUGUUCAUGUGAAACAAUGGAUUUCUUAACAUGGCUUGGCAACAGAAGAGAGACGUUUGACAACUUUCAAAACUACGAAUGCCGAUUCGGAGAUGAUACCACUAAGUCUUUGUCUGAUCUUGAAAAUAUUUUGAUUAAAUUGAAGAAAUCUUGUAAUAAAUAUACUGGGGUAAUAGCGGCAACUACGGUUGCUGUACUCCUGGCCAUAAUUUUGAUAUUGUUGGGCAUUUCGUACCGAUAUCGUUGGAAGCUACGAUAUUUGUAUUAUAUGACAAAAGUAAGAUAUAGAGGAUAUACAAGUUUGGCUUCGAACGCAAACUCGAGAGGUGAAUACCCAUAUGACGCGUUUAUAUCGUAUAGUGAAGACGACGGGCGAUUUGUGAGGACCGAACUUUUAGACAACCUUGAGAAAAAAUAUGGGUUAUCCCUGUGUCUACAUCAACGUGACUUCGUACCCGGGCAAUAUAUAGCACAAAACAUUAUUAAUGCUUUACACCAAAGCAGAAAAACAGUAGUACUAACAUCCAAAAAAUAUAUAAAAUCUUACUGGUGUGAGUACGAAUUCAACAUGGCUCGUAUGGAGAAUAUUUAUGCUAGAGAAGGAAAGUUUGUCAUACUGUUAGUACUUUAUGAAAAUGUAGACCUUCCAAUGAAUAUGAUGGACCUGAUAGAUAGCCAAUCAUAUAUUGAGUAUCCUCGAGACGAACAAGGUAACGUCGUGUUCUGGAGAAAACUGGCUGAAACUAUUUCCCUUUAAGUGAAGGUUGUUCUUAAGAGAUUCAAGACAGAUCGUAUACAAUGGACAUAUUGACUGUUUAACUCCUUUAAGAUGAGGUACACUUACGUAAACUGUUUUCCUGUAAGUAUAGACCUUAGAAAUCAGGAGGAUUAACUGAGUAAGACUGUUUCCCUGUAAGUUGCGGUUGAAAAUUUUAGCACGGCCCAGGGUUGUUCAAAUAUAUCUGAAGAAAAGUCCAGAUAUCUAAGGAAAGUAUUGUCCGAGACUGCCUCAAGAGUUUGUUGAAAAUAUAGAGUAUAAUUAAAAAACAGCUUCAUUCUUUCGUUUCAAAUGUGGUGUGCAAUUAGUAAUAAUCACAUGUAUUAAUUUGAAACAUCCGAUGCUGUAUGUUGAUGCUUAUUCAUUGGGUAAUACCACAAUGUUUGUAGUUUUUCUAAGGUGUUUUCAUUUGCAUGUCGAUUUCCAUUGUCGUUUUAUUACCGUGAUGCAAAUGUUACCUUCUCUACCUGUUUAGAAAUAACGACAUUUGUAUUGCAAUUAAGUAUGUCUACAUAUGUAUGCGUACUACCUAUGCUUACAAUUGUAUCACUAUCAUCGGUAUUUGUAUAUAUAUGGCACAUAUGCACAUGGAUACACAUUUUAAUUGUAUACAUAUAUGUUAACAUUUUUCAUCACUAUGUAAUAUGUAUUGUUAUUCGCAUUGACAUUGUAACAAUGAGUAAUUUUUUAAAUUUCGCAUUGUAAAUAUGUAUACAUAUGUAUUUGUAUUGUCCAUUGUAACUAUGCAUAUGUUUUCUAUUGUAACUACAUAAUUGUAUAUAUUUUUUUCUUUUGUAAUUAUGUAUAUAUUUUUUUUCAUUGUAACUAUGUAAAUGUGUAUUGUAGCUAUGUAUUUUGUACCCUAACUAUAUUAAUGUAUUUUACAUGUGUAUGAUUAUUGUGUAUAUAUCCAUAUAUGAUACUGUUUGUUAUAACUACAAUCCUUUAUGUUAAAGAGAUACCCUGACAAAUACAUGACCUUGACAGGUGUUUAGAAUUAAUGUUAAAUAUUUAAUCACGAGUCUUCCGCAUGCAUACAUUAAUUGUAAUAACUGUACCCUCGGGUUAUAGUUUAUUAAGUUGGAAUGAGCCAUUUUUCAAUAAAGUGCUUUUCAAACAAAA